CCAGCCCGGGAUCAGCAUGGCCGUCCGCCUGUGGUGGGUCACCCUGGCUUUGGCUGCCCUUCUUGUUGUGGAUGGGGAAGUGCCCGUGGCGGCCGGCAAGAUUGUUUUCUCAAGAAUGCCCAUCUGUGAGCACAUGGCAGAGCCUCCAGAUUGUCCCCAGACGUCCAAACUCGUCUGCGGCACUGACGGGGUCACCUACAACAACGAGUGCCAUCUCUGCUUGACCCGGAUAAUAACCAAACGGGACAUCCAGAUUGUAAAGGAUGGCAGAUGCUGAAACCACAGGAGCACCUCGAGCCACGAAGCUCCAGGCUGGAGAGCAGUGGUGGGCACCGAGA